CGCUGCGGAGUGCUAUUAGCUUACAGUUGACGGUCCAAAAUGCUUUGAAGCAUGUUUAGUAAUGAAAUCAAGUGGUGUUACUUUGGUAUUGGUUGUGUGUUUUGUGUUCUCCAUUUUCUGGGACUUUUGACGACUUACACGUUGUUCGGCUGCGCAGUUGCUGCAAGUGUGGUGCACUAUUAUUUCUACAAACGCAACGAAAACUUUCGCCACCGAUUAUCUGUGCUAGGCUUAGUGAAGCAUGACAAACGUGAACGAAAAGUUAAUUCACAUGCUUCACAAAACUGUGUUGAUACAGACAGUUGGAAAGGUGUUGCUGAGCGCCCCGUGCGAACUGUUGAUACAUCACAUAGUCCCGGGCAUUUCAGCUUAUCCGACAAUUUUAUAACCCGUAGACGCUCGUUGUCUGCUAGCUGGAAUCGUGAGGGUUCUGCUUUCACAAAUUCGUUAUCUUUUGUUAAUAAAGCUAUUGUUGAACAACAACGCAAGCAUACAUUUGGCUCACGCAGCCCAAGAAAAAGCAGCCUGGAUUGGGAACCAGCAUUUCAUAAGCGCUAUCCUGUGCAGCAAGAAAAGUAUGCCGUUGGUAAAUACCCAGCGGUGUGUCUCUCCAGAUCACCCUUACCAACUGCAAAACUGUUUGGUGAGCAAGAUGGGACAACACCAGUGAGAGUCAAAAUACUGCCGCUCUCUUCGUCACCGAAGCAGCGCGUUAUAUUUAGCCCCCAGAUGGUGGAGAACAAUGAGGCCAGCAAACAGGAUCCAUGUUCUACAGAAGCGGUUCUAAGGGCAUUGAAAGAACGAAGAAAGCGAGCGGCUGUGUCAAGCCAAGACGAUGUCGAUAAAGGGGAAGCCACUAAGCGUCAGAGGAAAGAGAAUACUUUGCCACCAGCCUCUGCACUGCCCACUCCUACGUACUGCCCUGCUUCAAUGCCGUCCUUCGGCGGAACGAUGCGCAGCAGGGCUUCAGAAAAGAGACCAUGCAACUCGAUGCAUGAGAGUCCUGGAGACGGACCCAAACGUGUCCGCAACAAUGCCAUCUUCAGCUCUUUCUGCUCCAGUCGAAGUCUUUUAGAGAAGGCUGGACAGACUCACAAGAGGAAGGCAUCUUCAUCCGAGACACCCCCACAGAUGAAAAUUACAAAGAAGGAUGAUAGGACAACACCUUUAAGUGCAGGGAGUCAGGAAGCAGGAUCUGUGAUAGAGGAAAAAACUACUGCGUAUUCCGUGCAAGAACAAAAGGAUGAAGAGAUUGCGUCUCCCCAUUGCGAGGCUGCAAGGCGGAGUGCCACAUCACUCAAGAGAGAAUUUCUCCCUUCGGAUCAGAGUGUCCGGAAAAAGAAACUCGUGUUUCCGGAGCACGUGGCCACGAUGCAGGAGCAUGAGCAAGACUGCCUACUGGAGAAGCAGCGGCUGAACCUAAUGCUGGGAAGCAUCAGUGAUCUGUACCAGAGCUGUACUAAGCCAGACACUGCAUCAGUGCCUCAAGUGGCCCAGAACACAACACAAUCCACAACACAAGCUUCAACGAACGUUAGCAGCACACUUGCAACGUCCCAGCCUGUUACACAAGGGGCAUUGACUACGAGCGCGGCACCCACCAUUCUGUCAACAUCGACUCAAGUAACAGAAGCCUCGAAGAAGUCACCGACCGUGUCAUUUGGAGUCCCCACCAGCGGAUCUACGAGUCCACAGCCGUCAACCGAGGCUCAGUUCCCGUUAAUGAAUACGAGCACGCCGUGUGUCACAGUGCCAAAAAUGUCAGCACCAGCCACUGCUCCACAAAGCACCUCGCUGCAAAUGCAAACACCGUGUACCAAGACAGGACUGACUGCCUUGCACGACGGCACAUUUGUAGCGACUGCAGCCAGCACAGCAUCAGGACCGAGCGCCACUGCCAUCACGUAUACGAGUCCAGCACUGCUUCCAUUCUCCCUCGCACCAGUAACAGCGCCACCUGCUACGACGUCGUCGAAAAGUGGAGUGUUACCCCCAACAGUAGGACUGCCAUCACCUCUGGCUCCUCCAAAGACAGCAGAUACCCCCACCAGAAGUGUCGGAGGUCUUUCAAAGAGCACUCCUUUUGCAUUUGGCAGCACUUCUGUGACAAGCUCUCCUUUCACAUUUGGUGCUCAAGUAGCGACAAGUUCACAUUCUCAGCCAACGGUCGGACUUGUUCCAGGAGCAGCAAAUUCGUUCUGUGCUACACAAGCUACAAGUCCCGCAACAACUACACAGUCGCAAGGAUUUGCCUUCAGCGCCCCAUCAAGGACUCCCUUUGUUCUUAGUUCCAGUGCAGUCAAUGUAAAAAGUCCACAAAUGUCUGCAGGAUCAUCCCUACUGACGCCUACCUCAUCAGUGUUAGGAAUUUCUCGAGCACCUCCCACUUCUGUACCUUCAGCGACGCAAGGUGGUGUCAAGUUCACACCUGCCGCUUCGGGUGGAUUUAGCUUCGCUACCACACCAGGACCCCAUCAGGCAACCUCAUCUAUCGUCACCAAUGGUGUCAACGGCAUUGGAUCCACUACUGCACCUACGGCACCAGUGUUCAAAUUCGGUGGUGUAAACACCAGCAAUGCCCCAGCAAGUGCUACCUUCAACUUUUCAGCGCAACAAAAUUCAACGCCGUUUGCACCGAAACAAAAUGUUAUCCAAGGUUCAAACCCUGGUGGGCCAGUUUUGAACAACUCCUUGUUCUCCAUCGGAUCGGUCACCCGUAGUGAGCGCCCCAUGGCAACACCAAGAAGCAGGCGCAGCAUGCGGAAGUGAAUCCCCCCCAGACACAUGUACAUAGCUCAUCCGCUUAGGUUGUCACAUCACCAGCUUUUACGUCUCACGUGGACAAGAAUGUGAUUGAUCAUGAAUGGCCACAUUGUUACCUCUUUUGGAAUUUUAUACGCAACCUUGAGCUUGUAAAUGACAUUUUAUGAAUAGUAAACAGAAAUAAAGAUGACAUCAGUGUAUCAAAAGCA